ACGCAGAUUUGGGACCAACCUGGGAUACUCCCAUUCAUGGUGCUCCUAUAUAAAAGAGGAUGAGCAGCUUCUGGUACUCAUCGGGUAACUGAGAGGUUCGCUGUUACCAAGUGCUCUGUGCUGCAACUGAGCUGACAAAGAUGGCACCAACCAAGAAGGGUAUCCUGGAGCGUCUGAAUGCCGGGGAGAUUGUAAUCGGUGAUGGGGGUUUUGUGUUUGCCCUGGAGAAAAGGGGCUACGUGAAAGCUGGGCCAUGGACUCCUGAGGCUACUGUCACUCACCCUGAAGCUGUGCGACAGCUGCACAGAGAGUUCCUUAGGGCAGGAGCCAACGUCAUGCAGGCCUUCACAUUCUAUGCCAGCGAUGACAAACUGGAGAACAGGGGUCAGACACUGAAAUUAACUGGAGCACAAAUCAAUGAGGCUGCUUGUGACCUGGCUAGGGAAGUUGCCAAUGAAGGAGAUGCACUGGUAGCUGGAGGAGUGUGCCAGACCCCAUCCUACCUGAGCUGCAAGAGUGAACCAGAAGUGAAGGCCAUCUUUAAGAAACAGUUAGAUGUGUUCAUUAAAAAAAAGGUUUUGUUUAUGUGUUUACAGUACUUUGAGCAUGUGGAAGAAGCAGAGUGGGCUGUUCAGGUGCUGAAGACCAGCGGGAAGCCUGUGGCUGCGUCCCUGUGCAUUGGACCAGAGGGAGACAUGCACGGUGUCUCGCCAGCAGAGUGUGCCGUCCGGCUUGUGAAGGCUGGUGCCCAGAUUGUGGGAGUCAACUGCCACUUUGACCCCAUGACCUGUGUGAAGGCUGUCAAGAUGAUGAAGGAAGGUGUGGAGAAGGCUGGGCUGAAGGCGCAAUACAUGGUGCAGCCGCUGGCUUACCACACUCCUGACUGCAACUGUCAGGGAUUCAUUGAUCUGCCAGAAUUCCCCUUUGCCUUGGAGCCCAGGAUCUUGACCCGCUGGGACAUGCACCAGUACGCCAGAGAGGCCUAUAAUGCUGGCAUCCGCUACAUUGGAGGCUGCUGUGGCUAUGAACCUUAUCACAUCAGGGCUGUAGCAGAGGAGCUGGCUAAAGAGAGGGGCUUCCUCCCUGCUGCAUCAGAGAAACAUGGAUUGUGGGGUAGUGCUCUGGAGAUGCACACCAAACCCUGGGUCAGAGCCAGGGCCCGGCGUGAUUACUGGGAAAACAUCAGACCUGCAUCUGGUCGUCCCCAGUGUCCAUCAUUAUCCACGCCAGAGGGCUGGGGUGUGACCAAGGGCCACAGUGAACUGGUGCAGCACAAGGAAGCAACCAGUGCCCAGGAAAUGAACCGCGUCUUGGAGAUGCAGAAGAAGGCCAAAUCCUCUGCAUGAACAAUAUGCAGUGAAUGAAAAGAAAUGUACCUGUCUCAAGUCAACUAGACAGAUUUUUUCAGCUUUGUUCAGAAUAAAAAAAAGCACUGUAACAGCGAUACUCCGGUUGAGGAGUGUUUAAAUGUCAACUCCAAAACAAUAAAACCUGAGUCUGU